GAUCAAUAUCAGCUGAAGAUAUGGACAUUGAGGUUGACCACUAUGCUGUUCUGGGGUUGCCAUCUGGUGAAGAAAGGUACAAGCUCUCGGAGAAAGAGAUUUCAAAAGCCUAUAAGUUGAAGGCUUUGGAGUUGCAUCCGGACAAGAGACCGGAUGAUCCGAAUGCUCAUGCUAAUUUUCAAAAACUCAAAACAUCUUAUGAGAUCCUCAAGGAUGAAAAAGCUAGGAAAUUGUUUGAUGAUCUACUCCGAGUCAAACGGGAAAAAGUUCAGCGCGAAUCACAACAUGAUUCCAAGCGUCGGAAAAUGAUGUCAGAUCUUGAAGAAAGAGAGCGAGCUGCUUUUGCUUCUGAUCCCACUGUAAAGGUUCGAGAUGAAGAAGAGAGGAUUGCUAGGAAACUCAAAGAAGAGAUUGCUAGAAUUCGCGCAAUGCAUGCAAAUAAAGCAGCAUCCACGAAAUCAACUUUGAAGAAAGAGACACCGCUAGGGGGAAAGGAGAGCAUGGAUAGUGGGGGGAGUGUAUUAGAUAAGGAGAAGGUGCUUAAAGUAUCAUGGGAGAAUGUUGGUGGGGAUUAUACUUCUCAAAGACUGAGGGAUUUGUUUGAGAAGUUUGGUGUGGUUGAAGAUGUAUUGAUCAGGAGUUCUAAGAAGAAAGGUUCUGCUCUGAUUGUGAUGGCAUCUAAAGAUGCAGCUGUAAGUCUGUAG